CCUUGGGUUCACUAGGUAUACCUAGUAUUUACAUCGUGCACUUCCGACUCUGGAAAUCCUGCGAGCACAGCUUCUGCCUAUUUGCUACUAUUCCUAUCACGAACCUGCAGAAUUCCUGAAGGAAUGAUGAAAUAUAGCUGCUGAAACCGUUCAAUUGUUCCUCGGAUUUCUAGGCGAUUCUCGAAAUAACACGUGAACUGCCACGUCUCCCAAACAGGUUAAAGAGCAGCGACAAAUCAGGGGAAGUGGCGGCCGUCGAUCGCUGCGUGCACUUCUAUGUGCUCUACCGAGGUCCCGACAACGCUUAUGAUAGCUCCCCGACCUCAGCACCCCAAAACCUCCAUAACAGCAAUCUGUCACACGAACAUCAACUAUUACUCUGCAUUGUCCAUCGCAAAACAGCUUCACUACCUCAUCACUCAGUUCCGCAUCUCAUCUAGAAUGGUCAACAUCAUCAAGCCCAGUACACUUCCACUCAUUGCACUCCCUUACGGCACCGUUCUUCUGCCCGGUGUAGUCCUCCGGAUCUUCGUCUCGGACCGACGCGACAUCACCGCGCUCCUCAACAAACUCUCAAACAACUCUUCGACGCUCGAUGCCUCGAACGUAGCAAUUGGGUGUAUUCCCCUACGGCCGCCGACCGAAGACGCGACGCGCGUGAUCCACGAAGAGGGCGAUGAAUACGAGAAGGAUUCUUCGUCGCGGGGCACCCACUCCACUAAAUCGUUUCAGGCAGCAGUGCUAAACAUCGAUCCGUCCUCGGUUACCGUCGACGAGCUGUGGACGCAUGGUACUGUCGCGCGGAUCGUCGGGUUAGAGGGGAGCUCGACGGAGUCUACGGUCGGAGAUGUUGCUACGGCCGAGAGCGGCAUGGCGGUGGUGGUGGAGGGUGUUAGUCGAUUUGCUGUGAAGCAGUGUCGGCAAAGAACGCCGUGGAUCGAAGCCGAUGUUGAGCACUUUGUCGAUGACGCCAUCGCGCCGAACGACGAGGGAACCAUGGAGUUGUUCUUGCAGCUCAAGUCGCUGUCGAGGGAGCUGAUCUCGCUGCUGAGAUCGAAUAAUUCUCGAGGUGCCGGUUUGCCACCGAUGGUUGCGCGGCGGCUUGAGGUGCUCAUCGCCAAGAAGGACGCGAAUGAUGCAGGCUCGUUGGCGGAUUUCAUGAUAUCCGCUGUUGAAACAUCGUUUCCCGAACGGUUGGACUUUUUGUCGGCGGUCACCGUGCCGAAAAGACUCGAGAAGGCAGUCGCUAUUUUGACGAGACAGGUCGAUCUCAUCAAAGCCGCGAAUAACAGGAGGAAUAGCACUAAUACCCAAAUCCCGUUGCCGCACUUGAUUGUGGUGGAUGGUCGGAGGACCAAUACAGGCACCAGAGCAAGGGGAAGACGUGGGAUUGCUUCUGGUGUGGGUGGAAGUGGUGACGAAGAAGAUGCGGAGGAAGACAACGAGAUGGAAGAAUUGGCGAAAACGUUGAAGGAUGCAGGGUUGAGUCCUGAAGCGGAGAAGGUAGCGAAAAGAGAGAUGCUGCGUUUGAAGAGGAUGAGUCCUGUACAGGCAGAGUACGGUGUUUGUAGGACGUAUCUUGAAACACUCGCCGAGAUACCGUGGACGAAAAUGACGGAGGACAAUCUCGACAAUACUACGCUUGCGCGAGCCCGGAAGCAACUCGACGACGACCACUACGGCUUGGAGAAAAUCAAGAAGCGUCUUCUCGAAUACCUCGCAGUUCUUCGGCUCAAGCACCAACUCGAACUCGAGCGCGAGCUGGCCAUACCGAAGGCUGAGCCCGAGACUGGCGGCAAGGAACUGGUGAAAGCUAGUGAUGUGAAACAAGGGAAAGCGUUCGAGCUUCCUCCAUCCAAUCCAACCAAGCAACGGAUCAUCGAUAAGUCACCCAUCUUGCUGCUCGUCGGGCCUCCGGGUACGGGAAAGACAAGUUUGGCGAAGAGUGUUGCUGCCGCAUUAGGUCGGAAGUUUCACCGUAUCUCGCUUGGAGGUGUGCGUGAUGAGGCGGAAAUUAGAGGCCAUCGGCGCACCUAUGUGGCAGCAAUGCCCGGUGUGAUCGUCAAUGCGCUCAAGAAGGUUGGAGUGUCUAAUCCGGUCAUCCUUCUCGACGAAAUCGACAAAGUUGGCGGGGCCAAUUUCCAUGGCGAUCCAAGCGCAGCUAUGCUUGAAGUGCUCGACCCGGAACAGAACUGGAGUUUCACCGAUCACUACAUCAAUAUCCCCAUCGAUCUGUCUAAAGUGCUAUUUAUCGCUACAGCGAACUCACUUGACACAAUCCCGCCGCCGCUGCUGGAUCGUAUGGAGACGAUUCAGCUGAGCGGUUACACGUCUGUUGAGAAGAAACACAUCGCAUCACAAUACUUGAUCCCCAAGCAGCUGAAAUCGAACGGCUUGAGCCCUGAUCUAGUAGAACUGCCUGACGAGGUGCUCCUCAAGAUCAUCACCUCUUACACUCGGGAAUCCGGUGUCCGGAAUCUGGAGAGGGAGGUCGGCAGCGUUUGUCGCGCGAAGGCUGUCGAGUUUUCGGAGGCAAAAGACCUCAAUGACCUAGCGUCAUACAAGCGUAGAGUCGAGCUUUCGGACCUGGAGAACAUACUCGGGAUAGAAAGGUAUGAUCACGAGAUCGCGGAGCGUGGUAAUAAGCCAGGCGUUGUCACCGGGCUUGUAGCGUACAGCAUCGGAGGCACAGGCGCCAUACUAUUCAUCGAAAGCUCGUUUAUGCCGGGCACGGGGAAGUUGCAGCUGACAGGGAAACUUGGCGAUGUUAUCAAGGAAAGCGUUGAAGUCGCCUUGACGUGGGUGCGAGCCCAUGCCUACGUCCUCGGUCUAACACACCAUCCGGAUGAGGAUCUCAUGAAGAACAAAAAUCUACAUGUGCACUGUCCCGCCGGUGCAGUCCCGAAAGAUGGCCCAAGCGCUGGAAUGGCGUUCACGGUUGGGUUGAUCUCCCUUUUCGCUGAGCGACGGGUUCCGCCGACGCUUGCCAUGACUGGUGAAAUGUCCCUUCGUGGUAAAGUAACUGCCGUCGGCGGUAUUAAGGAGAAACUCAUUGGCGCACUCUCGGCUGGCAUCAAAACGGUCCUCUUACCCGCCACCAACCGGAAGGAUGUCAAGGAGUUGCCGCAGGAGGUCAAGGAUGGAAUGGAGAUCCUCUACGUUAGAAACAUCUGGGAGGCACUCAAGUAUGUCUGGCCCGAAUGGACGGUGGGAGAUGAAAACGUGUCGAUGCUGGAAAGCAGGCUUUAGACACGGAGAGAAAGGUUUUGAUUCCAACGAAUCCUGGUAGUUUCGGGUUGUGAUUAUGCACGGACGAAUGGUAGAGAGUAUUCGGGCGGGCGGGCGAAGUUGGUUCUGCUGCAGGGUUUUUUUUCUUCAUGAUUGCGCUUAUUCUUAUUCGCUUUAUCUACCCAUUCAACGUGUGUCUCGCUGCAUUUUGGUUUUUAUUUUCCGCCAUAGUACCAUACGAUUUCAAUUUCACACGUACCCGUUCUGGAAACCACAA